CCGGUGCGUAACGCGCCGUCGUGGUGUCAUUACGCACGCGGAGCUCUCCAAGAGGAACGGGACGCGCGAGGAGGAGAAGUCCGACUUUGAUGAAAACAAAAAAAAAAACGAGCUGCUGAGUUUGAGAUGAAAAAUCUGUGAAGGCUCUUCGUUGAUGAUUAGAUGAUUCUUCAGAGCGAGAUGUGAUUCUGGUUUUUGUCCAAGCGCCGCCCAUAAACAUCGGACCCUCCAUGACCGACCUCUGACCCUCACACACCAUGGACCUCCGUCAGCUACACUACGGGGUCAACGGGGGCGCUGGCCAAAACUCCAGAGCGGGUGAAGAUGAUGGGUUGAACUUUCUGAGUCAGGAGGAGCAGGAGUGCAUCCAGUUCUUCGAGGAGACUAUCGACUCGUUGGACGACAGUCUGGAGGAGAUUGACGGGAGAACAGCGCAGGUGAAACCCCCAACAACAAGCAGCAGCAGUGGUGGUCCUGUCUCAGAGGCUGAUGGACCUCCAACCUUGAGUCCAAAGCCUGGGGUCACUGUGUACUCCCUCUUGGCCAGACCUCCCAGUCCUAAAGACCUAGAUAUUAUUGACCUGGUCCGCCCAGAACCGGACUUGGUGCAAACCAGAGAGCCAAUCUUCAGUCCCACCAAUCCAGAUUUUCAGAGCAUGGUGCCAACCCCGGAAAGCCACUUUGAGAUAAAGCCAAGGCGUGAUCUGGUGGACAGCUUGCCUUCAGAGUACAACCCUCCCCUACCAAGUGGCAGCUAUGGACCAUCAGACAGCAACUCCUCCUACCACCCUCCAGGCUGUAUCCCCACCCCAGUCCUGAUUGCCCAAAAGAUAGCCGAGAACCAGGGAGAUGGAACCCCUAACGUCCUGCCCUCCACGCUCCUCCGCCGUUGCAGCCUGGAUUCUGAAAAGCUCCCAAGCAACAGCACCGAUCAUCACGUUAAACAGGGUCCACCUACCUCUGCUAAGCCUACCCGCUUUCCUGCUAACAUCAGCGUAAUCCUCGGCAACAAGGAGCACCAGAACCAGUCGCUGGCUAACGUGAGCAUCCACGAGAGACGGACGCAGAUGCUGGCAAAUCUAACAGGGUCGCACCCUCUGCUGCAGGUAGAACCUCAGCAGGCCGUGGAGCACAAGGAUCGAAAUGUUCCCACACGUAGCAUUUCCUUCAAGGACCCCUCACCAGACAAAUCCAGGAUGGAGGCACUGUCUAAGCUGGGCCUGACCAGGAAUCGAGCCAUGUCUGGGGGUAUGUCGCUCCUCGUCACCCCUAACAGCAACUCUUUGAGUCUCACAGGUGAAGAAACCAGUGCCAAACCUCUGGAGGCCAAUGUUCCUCCAACAACAGAAACCAGCACCAAAUUACCUGAAGCCAAUGUUAAGACACCACAUCAGAGCCAGAUUCUUGUGGACAGAAAAUCUGAGAUUCGGCGGGCAGAGUCCCUCAGAAGCAGCGAAGACAGAACCCCCCAACUGAGUCCUUCGUCUCCAGCCAUUACACAAACCAACUUCUAUCCACCUCCUUUGGAAAACAAAGCAUCUGUACCCCUUCCGUCUGAGGUCACCUCACUGGAAUUUAACAGCUAUGGAGGUAAAUCUAUCACGGUCCACCCGUCUCUUUCCUCCAGGAGCGAGCCUGCAACUUCACCAACUAGUCAUGAGCCCAAAAUCCUCCCACCAGCACUGGCUAACCCAAGUGAAUUCAACACCUACGGAGGAAAGACCAAAGUCAUGAACGCUGCUCCCGUAACUGUCACCAGGAGCGACCUUCCCGACAUCCUCAGCUCCCACAUCGACAAGAGUCAAACCUUGCCUGCCAGAUCAGAGCACACUGAGCUGAACAGUUAUGGAGGAAAGAGUCGAACCAUCAACCCCUCUGCCGGGUUGAAUCGCCCUUCAAACACUCCUGGAAAGAGCUUCAAAGCUCCAGCUCCAACUCCAGCCCCAAGACCUCCUCGGCACUCCUACCACGGUGUCACAUCCCAGAAAGCACAGCAGCGAGCCUUAUCGCCCGAACACGUAAAGCGGAGAUCCAACUUGAUGUUUCGGCCACAAGGCAUCACCGUGCAGUUUUCUGGACGGGGGGCAACGGACGAAUCACGCAGGGAGGCAUUGAGGAAACUGGGGCUGCUGAAAGACUCUUGAUACGCCUGUCGAGCCUGAAUCUCUGGUGUGUACCUGCUGGCUGG